AUGUUUAAACUUUUUUUGUGUUUCAUAACUGUACUACCUGUGCUUGUCUUUUGCGAUGAAGAGGAAACUAGAAUUGUCGGCGGAUCUAACGCACCAGAUGGCGCUGUGCCAUAUAUAGUUUCGAUAUCUCAAGAGUACGGGGGCAAAUUGCAUCACAUUUGCGGGGGGUCCAUUAUUGACAAACAUUGGAUAUUAACAGCAGCACAUUGCUUUAGACAAGAAUUCACGCCUACAGUUGUAGCGGGCACCAACAAUAUCUCUAAAGGCGGUAAGCGUUAUAAAGUCGGCUCUAUUAUAGUACAUGAAAAAUAUCUUAAGUACAAGCCGGAAUAUAACGAUAUUGCUUUACUAAAGCUAUCUACUGAAAUUGAAUAUACUGAGAAGAUUCAGCCAGUUGAACUGACGACUGAAGACCCAAAGCCAGGCACUGUUUGUAUCCUGGCUGGUUGGGGAUACGUUGAUAAAGAUCGGAAAAAGCGUGCUACUGACUUACAAAUCAUUGAAUUGAAGACGAUAUCCAAGGAUUGUAGGAGAAUGAGUAAAGUGGAUAGAAAACAAAACAUCUGCACCUUUACAAAAAAUGGGGAAGGUGCCUGUCAGGGUGAUUCUGGAGGGCCACUCGUCGCGAAGGCAUCUAAGAAACAGAUUGGAAUCGUGUCUUGGGGAGUUCCCUGCGCUUAUGGAAGUCCUGAUGUCUAUACAAGCGUAUAUGCCUACAGGGACUGGAUUAAUAAGCACAUUAAGAAAUAA